GACGCUGCUUCGACGGGACCAGGGAUGUUGUGACUUCGGCGAUUCUGCUGCUAAUUGCAGUGCAUUAAGGGGAGCGUUUACAGUCGUCGCUGGUUAUUUGAAGCUGUUGAUGCUUCUUUUGAGUUUAAUCUUAGGGCUUGUUUCGCCUGUGUGGACGCUCGGCGACAGAAGUCAAGACCUCCUGUAUAUAAACAAAACGCAGCGAGCUGCUUUUUAAGGUGGCACGUCCGAGACAGCUGCGGGUAAACUCGUCCAAUUCCCGUUCGUCAAGUUAGCUGACUUCGUGUUGGCCGUACUGUCAAAGAUGGAAAUUGCCUUACGGUUUUCUUAGACGUAAAACCCUUAAAACGUAUCCGUGUUAACAUGAGAGAAGAGGCCGGCUUGUUUGGAAGGCAGCCCAUGGCAAGAGGAAGAGGGGGUGAACGUCGCUGCAGCUGCCCCCAGUUGACUGAGGAGAAAGGACUUGCUAACAAGAAGGGUGACCUGAGGUCUCCUGGUCAUUUGUCCAGGUCUUAGUAGAGUAAAAUAAAGACUUUGGCUCAACAUGGAGACGGUGGGGAAAUUUGAGUUCAGUCGGAAGGACCUGAUAGGACAUGGCGCAUUUGCUGUGGUUUUUAAAGGUAGACACCGAGAGAAGCAUGACUGGGAAGUGGCAGUAAAAUGCAUAAACAAGAAGAACCUGGCCAAAUCUCAGACUCUGCUGGGGAAGGAGAUCAAAAUACUGAAGGAACUCAAACAUGAGAACAUUGUCGCUUUACUGGACUUUCAGGAAACUGCCAGCUCAGUGUACCUGGUAAUGGAGUACUGCAAUGGUGGCGAUCUCGCUGACUACUUACACUCCAAGGGCACACUGAGUGAAGACACUAUUCGGGUUUUCCUGCAGCAGAUUGCAGGGGCCAUGAGGGUCCUACAUUCCAAAGGAAUAAUCCACAGGGAUCUCAAACCCCAGAACAUACUGCUCUCCUACCCGCCAGGAUGCAAGUCGCACUCCAACAACACCUGCAUCAAGAUUGCGGACUUUGGCUUUGCUAGGUACCUUCAGAACAACAUGAUGGCGGCCACUCUCUGUGGAUCACCUAUGUACAUGGCUCCUGAAGUAAUUAUGUCCCAAAACUAUGAUGCCAAGGCUGACUUGUGGAGUAUAGGAACCAUAGUGUUUCAGUGCCUGACUGGAAAAGCUCCUUUUCAGGCCAGCAGUCCCCAGGAUCUCCGGCUGUUCUAUGAAAAAAACAAGAACCUCAGCCCCAACAUUCCCAGAGAGACUUCAACCCAUCUGAGACACCUGCUGCUCGGUCUGCUGCAGCGCAACCACAAAGACCGAAUGGACUUUGAUGACUUUUGUCAUCCUUUCCUGGAGGCUAGCUCAUCUGUGAAAAAGACAACUCCUACUGUGACCAUGACUUGUUUGCCCAGCUCUGCAUCAGCCAGCUCUUGUAGCAGCUCGUCCACCUCUCACCUCGCCUCACCACCGCAGUCUCUUGCUGAGAUUCAGCAGUUGCGUGCCAAAGCUCUGGCCUCUCCCACCCAGGAGGCCACUGGUUUUCUCCUUAAGGACUCGUCUGGAGGUGGCGGCAGCAGCAAGAACUCCUCCUCUUGUGACACAGAUGACUUUGUGAUAGUGCCUGCUCACUUUACCACAGGUGAGCUGACAGCUGAGAGUAAAAUGCUGCAGGACAGCCUAAUGAACAGCGGCUCUCUUUUGGCUUCUGCUGGUCUGUGUAGCCAAGCCAAAACACCACCGCACUCACCUUCCUACAGUGGAUCACCAAGUCCUGUCAGGCCCACCGAGUUCUCGGGAAGUAACUAUGGAAACCACGGUCAGUCAUUGCCUAUUCCAGUCCCCACUCAGGUCCAGAAUUACCAACGCAUGGAGCAGAACCUCCAUUCUAACAAACAGGAUGGUUCACCACGGCUGUCGACACCAGUGCGCCGCUGCAGCAGUGGAAGCUUGUUGGGCUGUGCUAGGACCGGACCCUCACCACCCUAUGGGCAGGGUGCUGUCACCACCACCACUGCCACCCGCAGGUUCUCCCUGGGAGGUGCAAGAGCUUUCCAGCUCUCUCCUCAAGCUCUGCAGCACACUGAACCCAGGCUGAAUUCUCAGCAGCCCCCACAGAGGGCAGGACUUGGCACACGGCUCCACAGUGCCCCCUGUCUAUUGGAGUGUGCCAGUGGUGGCGUCAGGCAAAAAAUCCGAAAGCAGCACUCGGACCCUGUGGGUACACCCUCUGCCGGGCUCAUGGCUGUCCGCCCCCUACACUCUUCCCCCAGGCUGAGUGAGCUGAUGCAGCGUAGUCCCCUUCCCACUAUCCUGGGCUCCCCCUCCAGGGCCAUCCCUCCAUUUGAAUUUCCCAAGCCCCCAAGUUCUCCAAACUUGGUGACUUUCCUGACACAGCAAGGUAUGGUCAUUGGCUCUCCUUGCAGCAGGACUGCCCCAGCAGAGCUCAGAGACAUGGUACACCAAGCCCCCCCACCGGUCACCCAUCCUGCUCACUGCAUCCACAGACGGAAUGAUAACACCAAGAGCUUUGGAAGGUCUCAAAGUGCCGGUCGUUUGUCCGAUGUGCUCCUGAUGGCUGCAUUUGGACCAGGUGGACCUCCAGGUGACCGAGGCAGCACAGAGAACCUGACUUCUGAAAAAGCCAUAGACAUAACAGGGCCCCCGGGUGGUGGGGCAGGCUUUGCACCCGGCUCUGGCAGCCCUGCACAGGUGGUUUUCACUGUAGGAUCUCCACCUAGUGGCAGCACGCCACCCAUUACCUCCAGACAGAGAAAAUACUCAGGCUCAUUCACUUCAGGCAGCCCUGCAGGCUCCUUAACCAGUCGUCACCCUCAGACAGGCACCUGUUUGGAUGGCUUUGAGGCUUCUUCCAGUCCUCGUUACAGUUUCACUGAUCCCAUCACCGCCAACAUGGGCGGUCGCGUCACCUUCGAGGCUCCUGAGCUGCCCGAGGAGACGCUGAUGGAGCAGGAGCACACAGACACUGUGCAAAGAUUGCGCUUCACAUUGGAUUUUGCUCUGUGUCUAAUGGAGGUGGCUGCUGCCCGUGGUGCUACAGUGACGGGGGAUCAGGGGGACAUUUCUCAUCUCUCUCUCCUUCAGCAGCAGAGCCUGGUAGCAGAUCAGAUAAGCUCGCUGAGCCGAGAGUGGAGUCAUGCAGAACAGCUGGUUCUCUACCUUAAAACUGCAGAACUCUUGUCCAAUGCCUUACACACAGCCAUGGAGCAAGUUAAACAGGGCAAGCUGUACCCAUCUGCUACUGUCAAACAAGUUGUGAGAAAACUGAAUGAGCUGUACAAGUCCAGUGUGACAUCCUGCCGCUCACUUAACACGCGUCUGGAGCAUUUCUUUUCCCGGAAGCACCGCCUAAUGGACCAGAUCACCUCCAUCACAGCUGAACGGCUGCUGUUCAGCCACACUGUGCAGAUGGUUCAGGCUGCUGCACUGGAUGAGAUGUUCCACCAGGGGGAAGCAUCAGUCGUGCGUUACCACAAAGCUCUUUUACUGAUGGAGGGCCUGUCUCUGCUGCUCACUGAACAGGAUGACAUCCUCAGUGUUAGCAAAUGUAAAGAGUGCAUUGAACGACGGCUCACAGCUUUGCAGUCAGGGCUCUGUAUAUGAUAGCCCUGCACUAUUUUGGGGGUGUGGAGAGGAUGACACUCAUUUGCACCCUGCGCAUUACUAACCAAAUUUCCACCCGCGUCUCGUGGUUCCCACUUCGAAAUCCCCAACACCAAACUCAUACAAGUGUUGGACAUAAAGAGGAUUUUGCUCCCGGCACUGGAAAUGCCAAGAACAUUCCCCUCACUAGGAGUAUCCCAUUCAGGAGCAGUUAUUUCCAAGUAUUCACCUUACCCACAUAUGGUACUUAUCUAAACGCAUAGCUCUUUAAGAACAACAAAUAUUCAUGCUAUGACUUUGCAGUAGGCAACUCUAUAGACAAACUGUUCACACAAGAUCACAGACGGGAGGGGAAGUGCAGUGGGCAUGUGCUGAUAAAACGUGGGAUUGUCCAACUAUCAUUCUCAUCAAAUCUGUGUCUGUGUAGCAUCGCGUCUUUGCUUUCCUGGGUUGUUUUUGUUUUGUUUUGUUUUUCUUUCUUCUUCAUCUUCAGGGGUUUAUAUAAUUAUUUGCUGGCUGAUGGGAAGUGUACAGUGUAUGGCAUUACUACAGUUCGUGACCACAGGUGCACCCAAGCACUAUUUCAAAACUGUUGCCAAAAUUACUUUGUGUUGUUUUUUUUGUUUUUUAAAUGGUUUUGUUUUUGUGCUUCAGAUUCACUUUAUGUAACUAUACUGGGCUAUAGAGAAGAGGGGGAAAAAAAACUGUUUGACACUUUAAUGAUUCAAUACUUGCUUAAUAUCAAAGACCAUGUCCUUUAGCUUACACCCGAUGGUGUAGAAAGGAUUAGUUUAAUGUGAUUAGUUUUAUAAAAGGUGGUAUAGAAGCAGAAAAUAGGUCCAGAAAACACUCAUUACCCACGCUGUAUCCUCUGCUGUAGCGUGGGUAUAGCUUUUAAUUCAAGCUGGACUGAAUGUGGUCUCUUAGCAGCUUUGAUCACAAUCAUGUUAAAAAUGCUGCGAUAACCUGGAAUAUAUUAUCCAGGCGUACAGACGUUUAUAGGUGCUGCUGUGGCCGGCAAUGUCUUCACACGAUUCUUCAUUUUGUCUUUGAAUCUUUUAUCUAUCAAUUCAUUUAGCAAGUAUAAUCAAUUUUGAAUGUAGGGCUGUCUGGAGAGAAACGGCAUUAAUAUUAGACUGAAUGUUAGAUAUUUAACAUUUAGGCUGAUCUUGGGGCUGAAGUCUGAAUGUUUUUGCACUGUUAAAGUACUGUAUAGAGAGAUCAUGAGUGGACCAUGCUAAACGUGUCCAGUUGUUGUAGAUACUUUGACUUGUUUAUUACAAGAGUUCCGCUUACAUACAUAUAAUGCAGCUUUUGUUGUGUUACAGUUACUGUCAAAAUGUAAUGUUAGAUGUGGGAAUGUUGAUAAAGAGAUGGUAUAAGCUAUGGAAGAUUUCUAUUAGAAGAAAAUGGAAGAGAGAGAUUUCUUUACACUGAAAGAAAAAAAAAGAUUUGCAUUGAUUGUUUUUUGUGCUUUAUUUUAUAGUAGUGGGUAACUUUUGGUUGAGUUUUGAAAAGUGACAUGUUUAUUUGAAGUACUAACAUAUGUGUGUUGUUGUUCACCUUUGACAUUCAUCCCAAAAUGUGGGACAGUUGGAACUUUCCCUUUGGUUGCUUUUUUGGUUUUUAUUAAAGGAACGUUUGUUUGCAUGCUCUGGUUUUGUGAAGUGUUGCUGUUUGAGGUGCAGCAGAUGAAGCAGUGACACAGCUCUGUAAGAUGGGAAAUAUUUGACUCCCAGUUGAAUGUGUGGAUGUAGUUCACAAAAGGUAAAAUACCACUUUUAGAAAUAAAAAGUGGCACAUUUAGGCCACUACUUUGUUUUCCCUAAUAUGUAAUUUCUUGAGCUUUUACAAGGUAAUUAAGAUGGUGAAUAAGGAGUAAAUUUUGUAAUAAGGCAUGGAUGUGUGGUCACAUCUGAGGACAGAUUACAGCGAUGCCUGUUACCAAAACAGAAUGGAGGAAAUAUUCAUCAAAGUAUCCAUUGUGUGUGUUUUCUUUGUUGCCUUUUGUUAGACGACUUUCUAUGAAACUUUCUUAGAUAUUGCUGUACCUGCGUGUGUAUGUUUAAGUGUACAUUCCACAAAUCAAAUAAUUCACAAGCUCCCUGUCUCUGCAGACGCUGCUAUGUGCAGAUCCCUUGUGAUUAAAAAAAAAAAAAAA